CAUUUGGUAUUCAGUAGCAUUUCAUUUGCUUAAUAUAACUGUAAUAACUAUGUUGCUGCUGAAAUCACUUUUGUUGGUCUGUGCGAUCGCAAGUACCCUACAACAUCAAGAAGUACAUAAACUAGUACAAAAAGUGUCAAAAUAUGACCCAACAUGGGACUCUUUGGACACUCGACCUUCUCCAACUUGGUAUGAUGAAGCAAAGUUUGGCAUAUUCAUCCAUUGGGGAGUGUUUUCAGUGCCAAGCUUCGUUGAUGAAUGGUUUUGGUGGUAUUGGAAGGGAACAAGCCCAAAUCAGAAAGUAGUCAACUACAUGAAUGCGAACUAUCCACCAGAAUUCACAUAUGCCGACUUUGCUAAAGAUUUUACUGCCGAAUUAUACGACCCCGAUCACUGGGCAGAUUUGAUUCAAGAGUCUGGAGCAAAAUAUGUUGUUUUAACAACAAAACAUCACGAAGGUUUUACAAACUGGGGAUCAAAACAUUCAUGGAAUUGGAAUGCUGUCGAUGUUGGAGCUCACAAAGAUUUAGUUGGAAUGCUGGCUAAUUCUAUCCGCAACAGAACAAAUGUUCACUUUGGAGUUUAUCAUUCAUUGUUUGAAUGGUUCAAUCCAGUGUAUAAUCAGGACAAAGACAACAAUUUUACAACACGUGACUUUGUUCUUGACAAGACAAUGCCUGAAUUAUAUGAAUUGGUGAACAACUAUAAACCGGAUGUUAUUUGGUCAGAUGGAUCGAAUGGGCCCGAUGAUUAUUGGAGAGCUGCAGAAUUUAUUGCAUGGCUGUAUAAUGACAGUCCUGUGAAAGAUUCAGUGGUUGUGAAUGACAGAUGGAGUUCCGUUGCAAGUUGUAAACAUGGUGAUUUCUGGACUUGUCAAGAUAGAUAUAAUCCUGGAAAACUUCAAAAUCACAAGUGGGAAAAUUGUAUGACAAUUGACAAAUAUUCUUGGGGAUUCAGAAGAGAAGCAAAUAUACAAGACUACUUGACCAUGGAAGAAAUACUGAAGACAUUCGUGACAACCAUUGCCUACGGUGGUAACAUGUUAAUGAACAUGGGUCCGUGCCAUGAUGGAACAUUGAUGGGAAUCUUUCAAGAACGAUUAAAGCAGAUGGGCUCGUGGAUGAAAGUCAAUGGGGAAGCAGUAUAUGCAAGUAGCCCAUGGAGGAAGUCGCAAAACGACACGACCAACCCAGAUGUCUGGUAUACAACCAAUUCUGGAAAUGUGUACGCAUUCUUGAUGAAGUGGCCAGUGGAUAACAUGGUGAUGUUGGGAUCCCCUGCACAGAAAAGUUCAGAUGCAAAGGUAGAAAUGCUAGGAUUGGACACACCACUGAUAUGGGGAAGCAUGAAACCAUUGGGCAUCAAAAUCACUCUGCCUUCUCUUAACACCGCACAAAUGCCAUGUCAAUGGGCUUGGGUGCUUCGUUUAACUGGGUUUGAAUAAUCCAUGCAAAAUAUAGUGGACAACAGCUUGAUUGAUGCAGUUUCUUAAUGAAAAUUGAUUUCUUUAUCUUCAAUGGGCAAUAACAUUUGACUAUGCAGAUACAUUUAUAACAUCAUUUAAAAUUAACUUGAUUUCUCAUGAAAACAAUAAUAGUUAUGAUUUGAUAAAUGAAGAUGAUAUCAUAAACAGUUUAACAAAAUUUUUGAAGCAAGAAAUAUAAGUCUGAAACAUGAAUAAUUAAACUUUAUGUCAUAGUUUUUCUCUAACCUGAACCCAAUAUAAACUGUAGAUAUAGCAUGUUAUGAAGCUCUAACCCAUCUGUAGAUUACAAUAAAUACAAAUACCAACAAAUACAUCUUUGAAAUUUUAUUUGUUUUAUACCAUUUUCUAAUCAAUUCACUAUUCUCCAUAGUCCACAUAACUUUUCAAAUUCAACUUUGUUUGUAAUUGAACCUGAUUUAAUAAAACAUUUGAUGGCAAUAGAAAAAUAUGUUUUUCAUA